AUGGCUCUGACGAGAUUCAUCAUUCUCGUUUUCGGAAUUUCUGUGGCAUUUGCGGCAUCACCUGAAGGUAACAUUAAGUUGGGUUUUUUGUAAAUUAGCUACACCUUUUGUUUAGUUUGAAAUUUUAUGCAAUUAAUUGAUUAAUGUUUCGCUAAUUAUGUUUUAAUUGAACUCAUUUUAAAUUAAACCAUUUACUUUUGCCGUUUUGAUGAAAUAGUUUUCAGUUUGCCCAUGCAGUAUUAAAUAUAUUUGAGUGCAAAUCAUCGUUUUCUUCUAACAUAUAAAGUUUGUUUUUAAUAAGAGAAUAUUUCGUGUUAGAGUAUGCAGGUGAAUUUGAAGGAGAUAUAAAGCUGACUCAGGAGCAGAAGAACGCGAUCCAGAAUGGAUUAGAUUUAGAACCAGCAAAUACGUUUGGAGCUUCCAAGAGCAAACGAUGGACCAAUGGCGUCUUUCCGUACGUCCUUGCCAGUUCUUUAAGUAUGUUGUUUUUACUUUUUUAUUUAUUCAUUGUUUUACUUACUGUUUAAUAAACAAACAAAAUUGCUUAAACCUGGUUUCCAGAUGGUGGUAAAAAUAGAGUCACGAUCUUUCUCAACGGCCAGUUUAUAAUAGUUUAUACCUGUAAACCACAUAUAAAUCAGAAGUGUUCUCCAGUUUAAAUAUAAAUCAUAAGUAUUCCCUGAUCAUAAGUAAUCACUCCGCGUAUUUUCAGUUCUAGCUAAUGUUGUAUUUCGGCUGCUGAGAAAGAUUAUGGAAAGUAGGCGUUAAAGUUCCCUCUACCAGGAGCAGGUUUUUCAAAAGCCAAAGCUUAAUCUUUGAUUAACAGAAUCUUCAAAACAAUCUUCCCAACAGCUUGAGUUUAUAACCUUGGAAAUAUUUUACAGAGAUCUUGUCUGGUUCAACGUAAGUCUUAUUUUCUGCAGUUUUGAAAUAAACAGACGUGCAGAAAUACACCAAAAUCAAAACAGCAGAGGUUAAAUUCAAACCCAGCGCUAAUCCAGCUUUGAACAAGCGGCCCCUGAAGGUUAUGUUUUAAUUUCUGUUAAUAAAGUGGAAAAUAUCCAACAGUCCUAAAUAUUAAAGUUAUUGGUUAUUUUAGGCGGAAGUUCAAGUGCUAAACAGGCGAUCGACAGUGCCAUCAAGGAAUGGUCCGAGAAGACUUGCAUCAGAUUCGUCCGCAGGACUAACCAGGCUAACUAUGCCGAGUUCUUCAAAGGAGGAGGGUGAGACACGAAGCAUUUGUUGCCCCUGCAUGACAGUUUAGAACUGAUAGAGCUAUCCAGUAUAAAUAAAGUUAGUUUAGUUUAGGUUUCCCCGUGUAGUAAUACUGGAUCAGUAAGGGAUGAUAGUUACUGGACCUCUAGGAAGAACAGUUUAGAACUGAUAGAGCUAUCCAGUAUAAAUAAAGUUAGUUUAGUUUAGGUUUCCCCGUGUAGUAACUCUGGAUCAAUAAGAAGUGAUCGUUACUGGACCUCUAGGGAGAACAGUUUAGAACUGCUAGAACUAUCCAGUAUAAAUAAACUGUUAGUUUAUAGGUUUCCUCCUGUAGUAACACUGGAUCAAUAAGAGAUGAUCCUAACUGGACCUCUAGGAAGAACAGUUUAGAACUGAUAGAGCUAUCCAGUAUAAAUAAAGUUAGUUUAGUUUAGGUUUCCUUCUGUACUAAUACUAACAGGAUGUUCCUUACUGAAAAUCUCUAGGAAGAGCUGUUGAAAUAGCUAAAACAGUUUAGUUUACAGCCUUCUUGUUUUAUCUAAAACGAAUUGAUUUUCUCCGUUCAUUGACAAACCAGCUUAUCUUACCAGAUGUGCGUCCUACGUCGGAAUGAGUGGUGGUAAACAACGGAUCAGUUUAGGGUCAUGGUGCUGGCGUCAUGGUACCGUUGUUCAUGAAAUUGGUAAGUUGACCACAACGUUGAAGUUGUACCCGUUAUUAGAGAGGUUUAGCAAAGACGACGCGACAUCAAAAACGAGGUGAAAGUGGCGUAAAAACGGCGAGAUAUGCCCAUGCAUGGAUAUGCCCACGCCGUUUUCACCUCGUUUUUGACGUUGCGUCGUCUUUGCUAAACUUCUCUAUUAUGUGAAGAAGAUAUACUCAAUAUUGACGCAAAGCUAGUGAUAGCGAGGUUAAACAAGCGACAUAUUUGUCAACACGGACGACGGACUCAAUUUCCUUAAAAAUACAAAAUUGUUUGUCAAAAAUUCUUGGUCAUUGUUUAUCUACACCAUAAAUGAUAUGCGAUAAAAGAAUCGUUUGUUUUUAGGACAUGCUCUUGGAUUUUGGCAUGAACAGUCUAGACCUGAUCGUGACGAGUAUGUGACUAUCAUGUGGGAUAAUAUUCCAUCUGGUGAGUGACGGAGGGGGGGGAUGAGAGAGGAAAGCAGGAAGGGGGAUAGCGAUGAAUGAAGGGUGUGAUGAGGAAGGGGAGUGGGGGAUAGUGAUUAGAGAAGGUGUGGUGAAUAUAUCAGCAUUAUCUGUAUAUGAUGUUGUAAAACAUGUAUCCAAUGCUUAGUAUUAGAUUGGUUUUAUAAUGCUAAAACCUCGAAUGCUUAGUUUAGGGAACUUUCUUAUAUAAUGCUAACCCAUCCAAUCCUAAUUAGAUGAGCGAAUUUCUUUUAUAAAAGCUGCCCAGUAUUGAUUCCAACUAUAUUUAUUGUUCAUCUCAGGCAACCGUCUGAACUUCAAAAAAUACACCAAAACUCAGAUUGACUCGCUGAAUAUUCCCUACGACUAUGCCAGUAUCAUGCAUUAUGGAAGACGUGCUUUCUCUAAUAAUGGCAAAAAUACAAUAGUACCCAAGAAAACUGGGGUAAGUCUACAACGUAAAUUUUAUCCUUUCAACAAUUAGUUCUAUCCAGCGAGAUGCACAAGAUCCUGAUGUUUACCCAUACACAUAGUUACAGUAGCAUCACCUUAGUAUCUGUACAUGAACUUGUGGUUAGAGCUCGACAACUAUUAUUAUUAUUAUUAUUAUUAUGAACUUUAUUUUGACACGGUAGAAUCAUCAGUAAAAAUUAACAUAAUAUAGAUAUAUAUAAAGUAUAGAAAAAGGAGGAAAAGGGAAAAAAAUACAAAUGCUAUUUACAAAAGACAGAACAGUACUGAUUUACAUGAUUGCCGUGUGUGAAUCUAAGCUAACCAACAUUCUAGACCUCGUUUAAAAGCGCUAAGAGAUUGCGCUGAACGAAGUUCAGUUGGUAAACUAUUCCAUAAAACAGCUCCAUCGUAGCUGAGUGAGCGCUUUAGAUAAUCUGUAUGUGGCUUAGGGACAAAUAAUGUAUUUUCAUUGUUUCUCAAUCUGUAAGGACAAGACCGCGAAAUAAAUAUGUCUUGUAGAUAUUCUGGUAACCUCUUGUUUAUAGUUUUAUACAUAAGAAUUGCUUUAUGCUUUUUGCGAUUAAGAGAUAACUGGUGCCAGUUUAACUCCUGCAGUAAAGAAUUCGAGGAGUUUUCAUAUGUGCUUUCGGUGAUCAUGCGAGCAGCACGGUUUUGUAACUUUUGUAACUUACUGCUCAGCUCGCUGCCAAUACCGUCCCAAACCGGGCAGCAGUAAUUAAGGUAAGGCUCAAUUAAGCCUUUGUACGCUUUCACUGCAAUUUCCCUGUUUACAAAUCGCCUCACUCGUUUGAGGGCACUAAUUCCUGAGGAUACUUUUUUACAGAUAGUAUCAAUAUG